AUGCUCGACCGCACGGCCUACCCGCACCUCUUCGAUCUCAUCUUCGAGCAAGCACCGCCGCGGGCACUGCUCCAGCUUCGGCGCGUCUCCCGCGAGGUGCAGGCGCUCGCGGAUGAGCGGCUGUUCCGACACGUCGUCGUGCGCGCGGCCGACGCGGAGCUCACACCGGACACGCUCGUCUCGCUCCGCAGCGCAGACGGCAGUGCCCUCCCCCUCCCACAGCGCAACAUGGCGUGGUGGGAUGGCGCGAGCGACCCCGACGAAGAACAGGAAGAGGAGCUCGAGGUCAUCGCCUUGCAGCUGACGCGGGUACGCGUGCUCGACGUAAGCGGGAUCAUACCCCACGUGUUCACGCGGCGGUUCGACGCCAUGCUCGAGCCGCUCGGCACCGACACGCAACGACGCAUCACGCGCGCCCUCCCCUCCGACGACGGGACGGCCAUGGAGCUGCGCUACCCUGCGUCUCACAUCCUCGUCAAGUUCGCCGCGGUCCACGCGCCGAGGCCGGUCCGCGCGCCGGGAACAGGCGAAGAACUGUACUACAACAGGAUGAUCUCAUUCAGGCUGCUACAGAAGGGAACCGACACGGUGGUGCAACACUUCAGGCUUGUCAAUCUGGACACGGUGGCGCAACCCCACCAGCCCGAUUUCGACGCGGAGCCGGGGCUGCGAUUCACUCGCGCCGACCCCACCCCCGCUUGUGUUACAUUGUGUUGGACCGUUCGGGUUUGGGCAGGAAACAGCUCGACUAUUCCUCCAUCUUCUGGUUGGGCUUUGCCUACGUGGUAA